AUUUAUCGGCUUGAGAAAUAAAUCGGAAAUCUUUGAGUACAAUUUCCCCCAACUUUGGCAUCGCAACCGCCUCCCACUGCCCACCACUCACCAUUCUGCCGGGCAUUGUCAACACCUAGAAAAGCACCGAAAUGGGACUGCCCUCAAUUUCGACGCUGCUGGGCGUGGCAUUCUUGGCGUACAUCGGACACUCAAUCUAUCAGAUGUCCCAGCUCUUCACCACUCUUCAGUGCAGUGGAGUCCCCUGCUACACAUCUUUCCUAGCGGAACGGCCACGCCUACAACUGGCACUGUUUUCCUCCCUCAGCCGCAGUCCCAUUGCCUCCGAGGUCCGGGACCUUUACAAAGCCAAACGAUUCGAUUACGAUCAGAGCUUUGAGCAUGACUUCGAAGUGGAUGUGCCGCUUAAGACGCGACGCAAUGGCUCUCUGUACUUUCAUGUGGUUUUGGCCUUGGAGGGUGAACCCCUGGAAUGGCGAAGUCUGCGGAGAGAUGGACCCACCGUUGUUCAUACUAUGAGUCUCACCGAAUACAUGGUGCCGCGUGCGGAGGUCUUUAAUCUACUGGGAGAUUCGGAGAAAGGAGCCAGUUCUGCUGUCCAAGCAAAGGGAAAGAAGCAAAGCUCUUCAUCUGGACGUCCCAGCACCCACAUCCGGUCAAAUGUAUACGUAACCUUGCUCACCGAUCUCUUUUCCGUUUCGCAAGAGGAUGUCCCACCGGAAUUGGCACCACUGAUACGGGUCAAUCGAAUGCAGCAGAUCCUGCCCAUCCUCCAGACUGAUACAUUUAAUACACGACUCAAGGAUCUGGUGCCCGUCACCCGAAACACCACCGAGUUCACCUUCAGUUUCCAUUACAAACCUGUGGGCGUGGGCAAACUCCGGUUGAUGCUACUCAUGGAGCAUGCCACGCAGGCCCUGCUUACCACCGGAUUUGCAACUAAAGACAUUGAUGAAGUGAAAGGCAUCUUCUCGGACACCAAUGUGUACUUGCUAUGCGGCACCAUCUUUGUGUCCAGCAUUCAUAUGCUGUUCGACUUUCUGAGCUUUAAGAAUGACGUGGCCUUUUGGCGAAAGAAGCGAUCUUAUGAGGGCCUCUCGAGUAGCACAACUAUGUGGCGGGCGUUCUCACAAAUUGUAAUUUUUCUGUAUCUGCUGGAUGAGAAUACCUCGUAUCUGGUUGUUGUGCCUGUCGGCCUGGGAACGCUCAUUGAGCUAUGGAAAUGCAAGAAGAUCCUACGUCUGGAGCUAAGUUUCAGCGGCUUUAUUCGACGCAAGCUAGAGGAGGUAGACCGGCGGAAUGGUAAAACAGCCGACGCAAAGACCGGUCAGCUGGCUGAGGAGGAGAAGACCGACCAGUUGGACAGGCAGGGCAUGCGGUAUCUGAGCUACCUACUGUAUCCGCUGUGCCUUAGCGGAGCGGUCUAUUCGCUGCUUUACCAGCCGCAUCGCUCCUGGUACUCCUGGACGCUCAAUUCGCUGGUUAACGGAGUCUAUGCCUUUGGGUUCCUCUUCAUGUUGCCACAACUCUUUAUUAACUACAAGCUCAAGUCCGUGGCGGCAUUGCCGUGGCGUGCAUUUAUGUACAAGGCAUUCAAUACCUUUAUCGAUGACUUCUUUGCCUUCAUUAUCACCAUGCCCACGGCCCAUCGGGUGGCCUGUCUGCGCGAUGAUAUUGUGUUCAUAAUCUAUUUGUAUCAGCGAUGGCUAUAUCCGGUAGACAAAAGUCGUGUUGAUACAGGCCUGGUCAUUGGCGAAAACCUGGAUACUGCUAAUGCCACAUCAUCAGCUUCGACAGCGGCCAGUCGUAAAAAGCGCAACUGAUCCUAUGUCACCAAGAGAAGCAAAGAUGGCACAUUCCGUCUAUAGCUGGUAGGUCUAGCCUAAGCUGUAGUCCAUUAAACCAACUAUUUAAAACUUGUGUUUAAAUAGUAAUUAAAUGCUAAAUAUAAAUGGAGUGUUAUUAUUGUCUCUUCAUAGGCAAUGAUCUCACAACCGAAACACA